AUGACCUCCGGCGCGGCGCAGGCGCCCACUGUGGUGUGCAUCGGCGACCCCGUGAUGGAUUUGAUCCUCCGGGUGAGUCCCGAGACGCUGGCGGAGCUGGGAUGCGCGCCGGGGGGCUGCGUGUCGGUCGAGGGGGAUGAAAUGAGCAGCAUUACGGCGCGGGCGAGCGCGGACGGCGCGCCGGAGAGGAUCCCUGGAGGAUCGUCCGCCAACGUGGCGAAGGGGCUGGCGUCGCUGGCGGGCGACUCUCUGCGCGUCCGCUUCGUGGGGAUGGUCGGCAACGACGACGUGGGAACCUCCUACCGCUCGAAGCUCGAGGCCGCGGGCGUCGACCCCGUGCUGCUCACGACCACGGGCCCGGAGACCACCGCCAGGUGUCUCUGCCUUGUGACGCCAGAUGGGCAGCGCACGAUGCGCACGCACCUGGGCGCCGCGCUCGGGCUGACGUCCCUGGACACGCUCCCCGAGGACUGGCUCCCGCCGGGCACCGCCGUGCUGCACCUCGAGGGCUACGCGCUGUACAAGCCGGACUACAGCGUCAACGCGAUGCGGGCAGCCAAGAGGGCCGGGGCGCUGGUGUCGCUCGACCUCGCGAGCUUCGAGACGGUCCUCAACUGCGCAGAUACCCUCAAGUCUGUCCUCGAGGAGGGGCUCGUGGAUAUUCUGCUUGCCAACCAGGACGAGGCCGAGACCAUCGCUCGCGCCGAGCUGGGCUACAACGGGGAAAGCGCGCUCCCGGCGGGACGCAAAGCGCCGUGGGAGGGCGAGGCGGUGGAGAUGGCGAUGACGCACCUGCUCACGUUCUGCGACACGUGCGUCGUCAGCAUGGGCCCCAAGGGCUGCGUCGCCCGCUCCCGCGGCGGCGGCAGGGGCGUGUCUGCUGCGUGUCGGGUCGACGCCGUCGACACCACGGGCGCGGGGGACUCCUUCACCGCGGGCUUCCUGCACGCGCACCUGAUGGGCGCGGGCCUGCAGGAGGCGGCGGCGUGCGGGUGCAGCGCGGGGACGGCGAGCGUGCAGGUGGCGGGCGCGGAGCUCCCGCAGGCGUCGUGGGCGCAGCUGCGGCAACAGUCGCUCGAGAUCAUCGCGACGGCGGGCCCGGGGCGCGUCCGCGUGCCGUCGUAG